UCUCUAUCUUUGGAACCCCCACUCUUAGGAUUCCAAGCCCUAACUGACUAUUCCCUCAGGAACUCAUGGAACCCAGUCCUCUCUUGGACUCAACUGUUCCCUCAACUGUCAAAUCCCAACUGUCUCUCUUCUCUAACAGCUCAGAAUUUUCAAAAGUCCCAGCCCACAUCCCAUUGGCUGGUCUUCAGCUGCCUUCUGAUUGGUCAGCCGGGUGUUCUGUGCAUCACAGUUUUUGGUGGCCUGGUCUGGAUCCUGGUGGCCUCUACUAAAGUUGCUGUACAAAUGAGUCAAGGCUGGGUGAUGUUCGUCUCAGUGUUCUGCUUCGUAAUUUCAACAUUGCUUUUGCUCCUAUAUAUGUGUGGAGCUCAUGGUGGGAAAUCUGCUUGGGUUGCUGUGGAUGCUUUCUACCAAGUAAUUGCAACUGUCUUCUACCUAAGUGCAGCCGUUCUGCAAGCUUAUACCACUUACAUGUUAAAAUUUGAGGGAACUUUCAAAAACUACCAGAUAGAUAUUGCAGCAGUGGUUUUUGCCUUUGCAGUCACACUGACAUACUUCAUUCAUAUGGUGUUCUCCCUAGUGAGAUGGAAAUCAUCUUAAAAAUCUUAAGGGUUCUUUUAAAAUGGAUUUUGCAGGCUUAUUUGCCUGUUACUGUCUGUCUGUGUUUCAAGAACUGUCUUUGGAGAUUUCACGUCUGCGGUGGUGUACACUUGGCUGUAUUUUAACAGGAAAAUCCUUGAGUAUGUAUUUUUACCUUAAUCCCCCCCCCCCCUCCCCCCAUCCUGAGUCUUCAUCAGAUAGCUUGCAGAAUGGAGAAAAACUGGAAACACUCUUAAAUAUAUUUGUAUUAAAAUGCCUUUUAUGAAUGUAGAAGUCAGAUUUGUACAAUUAAAAAAAACAACUUCAAGUAAA